UUCUUGUUUCAAGCACAAAUCAAACCCAUAACCCAAAGACCGCGGCAGUUUGUGUAAGAAACACUGCCAAGUUUCGAUUUUUAUCAACAUUUCUCGGUACAUUUGUGGUUCUUGAUCAUAACCCAUGUUGUAAUUUUUGGUCGACAAGUUUCAGUUUGAUCUUCUAUUGCUAAAUUCGUAAUCUUUUGCAGGCGUGACCACUUUGACAAUUAUUGUUUUUUGGCAAAAUGUUUGGGUUUAAGAAAUCGCCUGCAAAGAUUGGAAAGCAAGGUUCUGUAGACCCAGGUUUUCAAGCUGAUUCAGACGCGGGGAAGAACACGCUUAACCCCGCGAGAAGAACUUCUUCCGAACCUAUGCUUAUCACCCCGGAUUUCAGUAACGAAAAAAAACCAUUAGAGCAGCAGAGUAUGCAAGAGUUAGAGAAAUAUGCUGUUAACAAGUCCGAGGAGACAACAAAGAGUGUCAACAAUUGCCUCAGGAUUGCAGAGGACAUCAGAGGGGAUGCUACAAGGACCCUUGACAUGUUGCACCAGCAGGGUGAGCAAAUUACAAGGACUCACAUGGCGGCUGUUGAUAUCGAUAAGGAAUUGAGUCGGGGUGAGAAGAUUUUAAACAAUCUUGGAGGCAUGUUCUCAAUGCCUUGGAAGCCGAAGAAGACCAAGGAUAUUUCGGGACCCGAUCUGUCAUUAGCUUCUGCAACCAAAAAAGCUGAUCCACAGCAGAGGGAAAAGUUGGGUUUAGGUCCGAAAGGGCGGUCAGCUCCUGUGACGCCUCCUCCGGAAGGCUCAGGUGCCGUGCAGAAAGUCGAGUAUGAGAAGGCAAAGCAAGAUGAUGGACUUUCAGAUCUAAGUAACAUUUUGGGGGAUUUGAAGGGUAUGGCUAUGGACAUGGGAAAUGAACUCGACAGGCAAAACAAAGCCAUCGAUAAUCUCUCUGACGAUAUUGAUGAGGUUAACUCUCGAGUGAAAGGUGCCAAUCAACGUACACGCCGUUUGCUCGAGUGAAGGCCAACAGUUUUAGAAAUACCGGCAAGCAGUCUACAGAAAAUUUGCACAUUACUUUUGAUUGUAUAUAACUGGUUCCCCCUAUUUGGGAUAUACAUGCAAUAAAACGAGCCUUUAUGUUCAGAUUCAAAAACCAUACAGCUCUAGAUUACACCAUAUAGUUUUGCAUUCCUAUUUUCUUCUCCUCCACUCCUUUUUUUUCGCAGUUUUUG